GCAACCGCGUAUCCUCCCCUAUGCCGUGGAGUGUGCGGAACAAGGGGCGAGCGCAUCCUCUGCCUGCUGCUACCCGCCGAAGAUCUUUCCACUUCAGACGAACGGGACUAAAAUCGGACGCUGGCUCCGGUGCAAACUUACAUGAACUAGGCUAAAUUCCGUAGAGGCUGGUGUGUGGGAGAUGUUAUGCAGAAGCCAGUGUAGCCUCGCCUGUGUAGCCUUUUCUAGGCUGUAGCCUAUUUCACUAAGCCGGCGUUCUCGGGCUCAGCUGUUGCUUUUUGGGGAGAGGAGGUGCAAAGAGCGACGGUGAGGCCAACUAUGCUAUUUCAUUUCGAACGAUAGUAUUUCCGAUUUGAUUGGACUUGGACACGGAUGCGAGCAGAGGUUGUCAACAACCUUUUGAGUAUUUUAUGCCCGUUGUCGGAUUCGGAACCGUACAAAUGGAGAAAGCUACCCCGUCGCAGCCUCAGCUCCAGCUGUCGAUAACAAAGACUGAAAGUCCAGCGGAGGACAUCUCCAAUCUCUCCGACGAGGACCUGCUUAAGUGGGGCAAGGAGGAUUUGGUGCGGCGUCUCCGGCGGUCUGAAGCUGACAAGCUAAGCGUUAUUCUGGACCAUGGGAAUCUGAUCAGGGAAGUCAAUCGGAGCCUCCAGCUGCACUUAAACGAGAUCAGGGGGCUGAAGGACAUCAACCAGAAACUGCAGGAGGACAACCGGGAGCUGCGAGACCUGUGCUGUUUCCUGGACGACGACCGGCAGAAGGGCAAGCGCGUGUCCCGGGAGUGGCAGCGCCUGGGCCGCUACAGCGCCAGCAUCAUGAGGAAGGAGGUGACCCUGUACCUGCAGAAGCUCAAGGAGCUGGAGGCGCGCCAGGAGGAGGUGGUGAGGGAGAACCUGGAGCUGAAGGAGCUCUGCCUGCUCCUGGACGAGGAGAAGGGCGGAGGAGGCGGCGGUGGCGUCGGCGGGGGAGCGGGGUUAGGGGGAGUCGGCGGCGGCGGCGGCGGCGGGGGAGGAGGCGGAGGCGGUUGCAGGAGCUCCAUCGACAGCCAGAGCAGCCUGCUGCUGGUGCCCGGCACGGGCCUACUUAUGAGGGACGUGGGCGACGGGAGCAGCACCUCCAGCGCCGGCUCGGCCGACAGCUCCGACCACCUCCACCACAAGCAGCUUCACCUGGCCGGGGGCGGAGGAGGCGGGGGUGGGGUGGCCGGCGGAGGAGGCGGCGGAGGCGGCGGGGGCGGAGCCAGUCCCGAGCACCUCCACAAACCCAGGUGCAGCAGCAUCAGCGGAGGAGGAGGAGGGGGAGACAGGGAGGUGUCCAGCCCCGAACAUCCCGCCGGCCGCCACCGGAGCACCAGCCUGGAGUACCCCUACGCCCUCCCCCAGAUCUGCCGCCCGCGCUGCGGCUCCAUCUCCGUGCCCGACCACGGCCGUGCCAUGCGGGGCCUGAGCCCCGAGAAGUACGGGCGCAACGUGGGCCGCCGGAGCCCCGAGCAGCAGCCGUCUCCGCUCCACCUCCUCCACCACCACCAGCAGCAGCAGCAGCAGCAGAACCCCCAGGCCAAGCACCCCGGCUCGGACCUCCUCCUGGGGCAGAAGCAGCACCUGCUGGGGCAGGGCGGCAGCGGGGAGCUCUACCAGAGGCACCACAGGGGCAGCGUCGGGAGCAGCUGCGGGAGCCCCGAGCCCAGGCAGGCACAUUUAGGGACGCCCGAGCACCACGACAAAGGCUGCAGUCUGGUCCAGGGGGGAGGGGGCGGCAGCCCGGAGACCCACCGGCACCAGUACAGCAGCAGCAGCCCCGAGAGCCACAUGAAGUUCGGGAGCCCUGGGAGGGAGGUGCAGAGGAGGCCGGCCGGCGACGAGCUGUCGCCUCACCACAGGAGCAUCUACAACGGUAUGAACGGAUGGUAG